ACCAUUUGCAAAAGAGAAAAGUAGCCGAGAAUGCUAGAGGGAAUUAGGUAGAGACCUUCAGCUUCUCUGAGGUCAAAAGUCUUCCCCAUCAUCGCGACCUUACCAAAUAUCCGUCAAAAAAAAAAACCCCAACGUCUGCAAUCCCUAACAAAUCUGUUCGAAAUACCCACGAACCAAAAGAUCCCCAAGAAGACCCAAAAAAAAAAAAAAAAAAAAUCCCCAAGAAGGAAAAUUGAUUCAGUUUCGAUAACCCAAUGGCCCAAAACCAAAGACCCAGAAGCAUUCUUGAGUCUCUGGGCGAAGAGAUUAUCAGAAUCAUAACGCCCGUCUCAAUCUGCAUGUUCAUGGUGGUCAUAUUGGUCUCUGUCCUCAAUUCAAAUUCUUCGUCUUCUUCUUCAGCAUCAGUCAAUUCCAUAGCCACCAUAGCAUACACUGAGACCAGUUCAGACUCCUCCUGGGACAAAUUCUUAGGUGCCCUUUUGAACUCCCUUGUGUUUGUGGCUGUUGUCACGGUUGUCACUUUUAUUUUGGUGCUCCUAUUCUACCUCAGAUGCACCAAGUUCUUGAAACUCUACAUGGGGUUUUCUGCUUUUGUUGUUUUGGGAUUCAUGGGUGGUGAAAUUGCUUUAUUCCUGAUUGAAGAUUUUAGUAUUCCAAUUGAUUGUAUUACAUUUAUGGUGGUUUUGUUUAAUUUUGCUGUUGUGGGUGUUUUGGCUGUUUUCAUGUCAAAAAUGGCAAUUCUUGUGACUCAAGGCUACUUGGUUAUUAUUGGGAUGUUGGUUGCUUACUGGUUUACUCUAUUGCCUGAAUGGACUACUUGGGUGCUAUUGGUUGCAUUGGCAUUAUAUGAUCUUGCCGCGGUGUUGUUGCCAGUUGGCCCGUUAAGGCUCUUGGUAGAGCUUGCGAUAUCAAGGGAUGAAGAUAUCCCGGCACUGGUGUAUGAGGCUCGGCCAGUGACUUAUAAUGAUACAGGUUCAAUGGGUGGUGUAGCUCAGAGGAGGGUAUGGAGAGGUAGGAGGGAAGAGAAUUUAAAUGAUGACAGCAAUUCAAACGCAAAUGGUGUUUUUGUUGACAAUGUGGAUUCAGAGUCUGACUCCCUUUCAAAUGCCAGUGCUGUUCUGGAUUCAAAUUCAGAUUCUAAUACCUUAGAUAAUGCUACUUUGGUUAGAGCUGAAGAGGCACGGGUUCCAGAAAGGGAUGCGGAGCUAUCUGCACCAUUAAUUGAUCAUAGGAUGAAUAUUCAGCCGCAGCAACAGGAAGAUGCUGUGUCAAGUGAAAGUUUGAUGCUAGAGGGAAUUGGGCUAGGGUCUUCUGGUGCAAUCAAGCUAGGGCUUGGGGAUUUCAUCUUCUACAGUGUGUUGGUUGGUAGGGCUGCCAUGUACGAUUUUAUGACAGUGUAUGCAUGUUAUCUUGCUAUAAUAGCUGGUCUCGGUGUCACUCUGAUGCUCUUGGCACUAUAUCAGAAAGCCUUGCCUGCUCUUCCUGUGUCAAUAGCGUUAGGUGUGUUGUUUUAUCUCUUGACUCGGUUCCUACUUGAAGUUUUUGUUGUAGAAUGCUCUUUGAACCUCUUGAUGUUCUGAAAUAUAAACAUGUUGUCGAAGUUUGAUACUUGGUCAUACAAUAUAUAGCAUGAGAAAGUAUGUUGUAUGAAAUUUGUGUUCAUUGUUUCAACUUGACUUUGGUCUUCCCAAUUGAUUCCUCAUUAUCGGUUUAUCUAUUAAUUUGGUAUAGUUGGUUUUUGAAAUUGAUUGUAAGUGAUUUCCUCACAAAAUUUAUUUGCUUGAGCCUGGGACUCGACAAUUUGAUGCUUUGAUUUGGAACUUUAAGAUCAUGGGUUCUGUUUGCAAAGAACUGAAAAAAGAUCGACUACAAGUAUGGGGGAAAAUGGAUGAAAUGAAAGCUGGUUUCUGGUUAAAUAAGAGAAUAUGGGACCCAGAUCUGGGAGACAGAAGGAGGGGGUGAAAGAAUCCCUGGUUGGUGGGAAACAUGAAUUUGGAGGUUGAUUUGGUCACUAUAUUGAGCAAAGAGGAUAAUCUCAAUUUCUGCCUCCUCUGUCAUUGAUGUUUUCUUGUAAGCAUUUGUUUUUAUUUUUUAUGAAAUUUCAUAAGUUUCAGAAAAAGGAUAGAAGGAAGUCUGAUUGAUCCAAGGAUGGAGAGUUUUUAUCAUGGAAAAAUCAGGAGAUGGAGCAACCUAAGCACUAAAGCAGAUAUGGAAAUUGUAGCAGAAGACUGUUUAUUUGAGGUCUGUUUUUUUUAAUGAAGCUUCAGUUACUUGGAAGCUUUUCUCUGUCUUCCUAUUUGUUGGUAAUUAGGCCUGAUACUACUGGGGUUAAGGAGUUGCUUUAGGGCGUCCUUUUUGUUACUGAUUGAAUAAAUCAGAUGUGCUGCGACAAUGAUUUUGUUAUAUUCCUACAUUCAAUGUUGGUUCUCUAAUA